UGGGAAGACAAAAGCCAGCACCCAAUUCGACCCAAACCCACAGCCGAGCGAGCACGAUCGCCAUGUCGGGUGCACAAGGCGCACAGCCCAAGGGCGCUUUCACGGCGACCACAUACACAACCGCCGGCACCGGCGAAGGGGAGAGCCGGCAGACACCCAAGACGGAGCUACGGUCUAGCGAGGACGAGCACGGGCUGCCGGUGAAGAGGCUCGAGGACAAGGUCGAGGACGCCGCCGGGAAAGGCGGCCCGGUGUUCGGCGCCGGCGCUGAGGACGGCAAGCCCGACCUCGGCGUCACCGGCACCGGCGGAGGAUGACAAACCGCUUGCCGGUUAAACUGUGCUCCGUCCAUGUGUAGCACUUUGCUAAGUAGCGUGCUAUACCCAGCACGUACAAGAAUGAAUGAUGUAAAACUGUGUGUAGCAUCAGAGUGUGGAAUAAAAGACAACAUCAUCAGCAAAGCUUUUAUUUUAUUCA